AUGUCUCCAUUUCACAUAGAAAAGGAGAAACGAAUGGUCGCCGGUUUUGUCAGCGAGGUUCCUGACAAGCCCGAGGGCGCACCCAAGGUGCCUGAUAUGGUUUCAGAUCAGUGGCCUGUACUUGUUGACUUUGACAAGAUUUGCACUGCGAAAUUCAGUGCAGUGCAGCAGCUGCAAACAGUGGACCUCCAUGGCGGUUCGGCGAUUGCAAUUGUCUCGCCAUUUGCGGCAAUCCUCUGCAGCAUCCAUCCUGAGAUUGAUGACAAGGAUUUCCGUCAAGCGUUGAUAAAUGUGAUCAGCACCAAGAACAAGUUCCGUGAUUAUUUUGACGCGCCAUGUCGAAUCGACCUAGUGCUUGGAUCUACUAUAGACAACAAGUAUAGCUGUCCCACUCAUGAGGCCAUAUUUCGGAAGGAAAUUAAAUUCCCGACCGGUCCAAAAUUUGAGGUACCUUUAGAGUAUGACCUCGACGACAAGAGCGUACCGUACCACGGGAUCAUAGGUGACGAUGCAUGGCUCGAUGUCUGUCAGGUGAGCCUGCAUCACGACAUCCAGUGGAUUGUGGAAGAUAUUUUUCAACGGUUCGGUAAGAACGAGAACCAGGUAUCUGGGGGCUGGCAGGGCUUUCUCAUCCAUUUACGCCUCGUAACGAAUGGCCGCUUAUCAACUGCCCGGCAUCUAAUCUAA